AUGGCUAUUAAAGAUAGAGUAAAGAGAAUUUCGAGAGUGUUUAACCCAGAUUCAAAAGAGGCUAAAGCUCACAAGACUGAAACUGCUGCUACCACAACUACUACUGAGGGAGAAAAACAACAAGAGGUACCAGCUACCACCACUGAUGAUAUUGCUGCUGCUGAACCACAAGCUGAAACUGAAGCCCAAGCAGCUGCUGAGGAGAACGCUGUAACUGAACCAGUUGUCAAGUCCAGUGAAGAUGGUAUUACUUCAUAUGCAGAUGCAACAAAAACUAAGGACACACCUGAAGUUGCUCAAGUGACUCAACCACCAACUGAAGAGACAGCUCAUGCUAAAGACACUGAUGUUGCUGCAACUGAUGCCGCCCCUGUUGAAAUCACUGAAGGAACACCAAUUGAUUUAGAAGAUAGUACUAGAACUCCAGCUGAAGCUACCAAAGCCACCGCUGUUGAACCAACUGGCGAAGCAACAACAUCUACCAAAGCUGUAGGAGAGGAGUCGACUCCAGCUGAGAUCACUGAAGUCAAUGAAGCUGAAGCCGGAGAAUCAACACCAGUUGCAACUGAAGAAGCUAAGAAAUCAACUUCAUCAACUCAGCAUAAAAAAUCUGACUUUUUCAAGAAAUUGUAUGCCAAGUUUAGAAAACCAGUGAUUGCCAAUUGA